GAGCGCGUCGCGUAGACGCCCAACUUCGCAGCGUUCGCCGCGCCGUUGCUCACAUCAUUACCUGACUAUUGGACUAGCCGCGCCGCGAUAAUGAACGGCGUACUAUCAGACCCGUUCACCAUAUCCUACCCCACUGCCGUCCAAACCUCCCUCAACUCCGGGGCUUCCUUCGCAAAGUUCGACCCUUCGGGCAGCUAUGUGGCCGGCGGAAGGCCAGAUGGGUCGGCCGUCGUUUGGGAUCUAGAUACGAAAGCACCGAUACGCUGGCUGGAGGGGCAUGUCAAGGCUGUAACAAGCGUCGACUGGUCGCGGAAUUCACGCUAUCUGCUAACCUCAUCGAAGGAUUGGAACGUGAUUAUAUGGGACCUUGCGUCGGAUACGGACCCCGUACGCCGGAGGGCUACCAUCAGGUUCGACGCUCCCGUCGUGUCUGCCUCGUUUCACCCGCGGAAUAGCCAGAUAGUAGUGGUGCUGCUCAGUCCCGGAGACGCGUACCUAGUCGAUCUGCGGAAACAGUACCGUAGUCGGGUAGAGCUCUGUGAAAUCCAAGAGGAGAGCGAGGAUGAAGGACAGGGUAGCAGAGCACGAUCUACAAUGACGGUCGUGCGGUUCGAUCCCACAGGGAGGUACAUUUUCGCUGGUACCUCAGCAGGGUCCAAUAUAGUGUUCAAUACGCGCACCAAGACUAUGAUCGCACGGCACAAGAUAUCCGGAGCAGGUAUCAUCAGAGGUCUAGACUUCGCCAAGGGUGGUCGGCGACUAGUCACCAAUUCGUCAGACCGUGUUCUCAGACAAUUCAACUUGCCGAUCUACAUGUCUUCGACUGCUGAGGGGGAGUAUAUCGAGCAGGAGCUCGAGCCAACAUAUCGUUUCAAUGACCCUAUCAACAAGAACGCGUGGCAUGCUAUGGCUUACAGUCCUGACGGCGAAUGGCUAGCUGGAGGUGCGGCUGACAACGCGUCUCACAAGAUUUACAUCUGGGACCUCGCGAAUGAAGGUCAAUUUGCGACUGCUCUUGACGGUGGACCAGAACCAUUGCUGCAUGUUCACUGGCAUCCAAAAAAAGCUUCUAUAGUCUCGACUACUAAUGUCGGCAAUAUCCUCGUCUGGCACUGUCCUACUCCGGAGCGAUGGGGCGCAUUCGCAGGCGGUUUCGAAGAAGUCGACGAAAAUGUGGAGUACGAGGAGAGGGAGGAUGAGUUCGACAUUGAAGAUGAGAGUGAGAUUGCCCUCCGCAAGCAGAAGGCCGAAGAUGAAGAAGUGGACAUCGAUGGCCUGGUGGAGGAUCAGUCGAGCAAGCCUGCCGAUCUUACACAGCGAGUUGCUGAUGACGAUGAAGAUAUCGUAUGGGCGAUUGAGGAAUCAGAUGAUGAUCAUCCAGGUUGGAGGAUGAAGGUCGUUGUAGAAGACGAUGUCGAUGGACUUUGAUGCGUUGUUGAACCUUAGCAAGACUUCUGAGGUCAGCUCACACUAGGCAGUACAUUCUGAAAUUCAAGACACAGCAUUGUAUUCACAAA